CCCCUCACGUCAAGUCCUGCCCUUCUCUCCUUCCCGCUGGUGCGCUGCAGGGAAGGUGACAGAGGAGCAGCAAGGGGUUGGAUCCGUUUAACCAACCAACCCAAACCAACCACACCCUGCCCAAACCCAGGAACCAGGGGGUGCGGGGGAGUGCACAGGAGGCAGAGGAUGAGUGAAGGCAGCACCACCCAGCAACAGCGCGCUGGGAAGGGGUGGAGACCUGACAGGGGAACAAGAAUGUUCCUCUAAAGCAGCUCCCCUUUUUACUGCCAGGUAGCAGCAGCACUAUUGCAGACCCACAGGAGCACUGCAGAGACAUCCACGGGACUCGGACUCUUGCCCCUGCUGUGCACCGAAGCACCUUGGAGCAUCUUCCCUCCCUCGUGUCCUCUGGAAAGCAUUUCCCUGCGGGCAGGAUCUGGCAGUGCAGCACUGGAGACAGUUCUGUUACCUGCAGGCUCGGCAAGGGUUUUGUUCGCCAACAGCAGGAUUUCCCUCAUCAAAGGCAAUGGAUUACAGAACAUUACCUGUAAACAAAUGGGACGAGAACCAUGUCCAGUGUUGGCUGGAAUCUACUGGAAUCAAGAAAGAGUAUGUAGAAAAACUACAUGCGGAAGAAGUGACAGGUCCAGCACUAAUGGAACUGGAUGACUCUUUCCUCAAAGGCAUAGGUAUGAAGGGAGGCCAAAUCCACAUAUUAAUCCGCAAGAGAAAUGAACUUCUGCAGCUCCAAGAAAAAGCACAGCAAGGCAAGAACUCCAGCAGCAAAGCACCCGACAGAACCGAAGCGCAGACGGAGCCGGUAAGCUCCAGAGAUGCCCCCGCUCAGGAUAAAGCCAGCAGAGACCACGCAGCUGCUGCUUCUGGCAAGAAGCAAAGGAGAAGCUCCCAACUUAAACAUGGUGAUGAUGAAGUUUUAGAGCUCAGCAACUGUCGACCGUUUAGAAGUCAGGAUACCAAUUUCAAAUACGUGAAAGACAAAGUUCUUGCUCCAGAAUCAGGAGUCAGUGAUCUGAUCACUCCUUGCCACGAAUACAAAUCCUUUGCCAUUGCUGCAGAACUGAACAAAAAUCAACUGAAAUCAAAGUUUGCCUGCGAAGUGAUACGAUUUGCUUCCGCCUGCAUGAACAUUCGAACAAACGGCACCAUACAUUUUGGCAUCAUGGACAGUGUUGAGGACAAGGGCUACAAACACGGACAGAUUGUUGGCAUCAAGGUCAAAGAGCCGGAAUGCUACGUUGAUGCAUUAGAUCACAUAGAAAAGUGUUUUCAGGAAAACAUACAAGAAAUUGCAAGGAAAUGUAUCCACCCCCCUGUUUUCGUUGAAGUGAUUUCGAAAGACUCUCAGGACCAAAGAUUUGUGGUGGAGGUUGACAUUGAACCAACAUGCAGUUUAGUAAAGAACAGACUUUUUGAAGUGUAUUUGCCAAAAUACAAUGAGGAGAGCCAGAAGGUGACUCUGACAAAAGAGAAAUCUAUCUAUCAGAGACUGGGAGCCAAGUCUGAACCAGUGAAACACAACCAUCUUGCUACUUUUAUUCAGGGUUUACAAGAUAGGGAUGCUCAAAGAGAAAGAGCUGAGCUCUCCAGCACAGAAGUACAUACAGAAGUAUCUCAAAAUUUAGGAAGGAAGUUAGCAAUUCUACUAAACGAUGGCAAAAGCUACAUGGACGAUUCCCUGUGGUACAUCCUUGUCACAAACAGAUGUGAAAAGGAUAAUCUGAACAGUAUCAACUUUUUAAUGCGCUUGAACAUCUUCUGUGUCUUUGACUUUGAUGAACAUUCCAACGUGUCGGGGCUGUAUAGCAAGUACAAAGAACACCAUGCAACAAGGUCUUAUUUUUUACAGGAUUUUUCCAAUGAAAGCAAGACUGGCAACCCUCCCUCUCAGAAACAUCUGUGCCUGUUUGACCAGACCAGCUGGGUAUUCUGCAAUGGGCGCAGUGACUUCCUCGGGGAUGAAAAACCUUGUGAUGAAAAUACAUGGAUUAGAACAAAGAAAAAAUACCUGAAAAAAGCAAUUACUCGUAUCUGUGAUGAGAUCCUGCCAAAGCGGUCUUUCAUUGUGCUCUUCCUAUUGCUAUCACCAGUGCAGAAACCACUUGUGGAUACAUUUCAGGAAUUCUAUACGGAGAUGAAUGGCACGGAAUACAUUGUUUGCAUUGCAGAGUCCAAAGAAAAUUAUGGGAAGUGGGCUAAUCUAGCUCAGGCAUCCUGCAGCAUUGAGACACUGGAUAAAUGCAGUAUUGUGGGCAUGAAGCUAAGUCAUGUAGAUGCCACCAUUCAAGCAAUGCUGCCUUCGACAGCACAACCCAGACACCUGCCAGUUUCUACCAGAGGGCUGUGCACCCUUCCCUUGCUGGAAGAAGAGAAACUGUUCUCCCUAGAAAUCCUCUGUGUUGACCAAUGUGAUGAUGUCAAAUUAGAUCUUUUGACUGAAAAAGAAAUACAAGAAAUAGAACAAAAUUUUUACCAAGGAAGAAAAAUCAUCUGGGAAAACUUCUGGCUUGCUGACAAAAGGCGCUGUGGGGAAAUCAUUGAACGUGAAGCAUGCAAAGAUGCCAGCAAACUGCUGGAUGACAUUUUACGAGGAAGCGGGCUCAACUGUUCUGUGGUUAAACUGAAGGUAUUUCACCACCCUGGAAGUGGUGGAAGCACAAUAGUACGGCAAGUUCUGUGGAAAAGAAGAAAGGACUUAAGAUGCGCUGUUAUCAAAGCCUCAUAUCCACCUGCAACUGUCUGCGAGCAUGCGCUUGCAUUCAGAGACUAUGAAGAGAAAGAGAUCAGUCAUUGUUUUCCUGUGCUUCUCCUGAUCGAAGAUUAUGAUGAAGACUAUCUAGAAGAACUAAGGAAUGAGUUAAUGGACGCUGUAGCAACUAGGAAAAUUAAUUCCCCCAGACCUUACUUCAUCCUCAUGUGCUGCAGACGAUCCAAUGACCCCGAAAGGCUUUGUAAGGCUUCUCCACUGGACACAGUUGCCGUCACGCACAAGCUGACGGACUCAGAGAAAAGUCUGUUCAGAACCAAACUUGAAAAACUGAAGCAGAAAGAUGUCAAGCCCGAAUUCAUACUCACAUUUGUCCUCAUGUGUGAGGAGUUCAAUGAAACAUAUGUGAGAGACUUUGUAGGGCACAUACUGCAAGACAUAGACCGUUCUUCUCGUGAUACAUGCUUGAUGCGUUAUGUGGCUUUGCUUAAUUUUUAUGUGCCCAAUUCAUAUAUUUCAUUGUCACACUGUGAGGCUUUUCUGGGACUGGGGGCAUAUGCAGAGACGAAAUUAAAAGCAUAUGAUUUCAAAAGUCACUUGAGUGAACAAGUAAGAAUGAUUUUUAUUGAGCUAAGGGAAAGUACCACCUAUAUUUUAUCUGUUCGGAUAAUACACUGUCUGGUUGCAAAAGAAAUUCUGCAUCAGCUUUCAGGGAAUGAACCUCAAAGUCAACUUGCAAUGAGUCUUCUUCAGGAAAAGUCACUCUUUGAAAACAGAUUUGGACGAGAGGAAUUCAUAAAGUUCAUCAGAGAUCUGUUUAUUCGACGCGAUAAAAGAAGCAGGGGUGACAAUACUGACACUCUGUUCUCCCCGUUCAUUGAACAUGUCUGUAAAGCUGAAGACUGUGAAAAAGCUACAGCUGUUUUAAAAGCUGCCUAUGAACUCCUUGGAAAAGAUCCCUUUUUUGCCCAGCAGCUUGCCAGACUAUAUUAUAACAACGAAAAGUUUGAAGAUGCAGAACACUGGGCAGGGGUUGCAAAAUCUCAUAUGCCAAAUGAUUCUUAUAUUUUAGAUACAGAAGGUCAAGUCUACAGGAAAUGGUUUAGUUUCACUGUGGAUAAAAUGACACAGGAGGACACUCCCCAACGCAUCAUUCAAAAGAUAGAAAUCGCUCUUAAAGCUAUGAAAUGCUUCAGGGCUGCACAACAGGCUGCAAAAGCAGAACGUGACAGUAUGAACAACGCCGGCUAUUUUGGAGAAGUCGAAGUCGGAUGUCGCCUUCUUAGAUUUCUGUCCACACUUGAUGUAUUUCACAGAAAUCCACAGGGGGAAUACUCUGAGCUUGUGAAAUACCUGAUCACAGAUUACAUUCCUAAAGACAUCGAAAAAACAUGGGCAAAGCUUCACUCCCGCUUAAAAGGCUUACGCCAGAACCUGUACAAUGCUCUGGAAUGGAUUUCAGAAGACCUAAGUUAUUUUCAAACAGAUAAAAACCACGAGAAGGAAGAGGAAGAUGAAAGAGAUGAAAAAGAACAAAUUUAUAACCCCAGAAAAUGGCUAAAGAGACAGUCUGAGGUAUAUGCCAAGUUCUUCAUCUCAACAUCACUUAUGGAGGACAGCAACAGUGCCCUUGAGACCCAGCUGAUGAGACGCAUGAAUAUUUAUAAGAGUGGUGGAGGUAACGUCACCAAUAUCCUGUCAUUCUUAACAGAUAAGAAAGAGGCCAGAUCAGCUGAAAAGCUAGAGAAGAUCCUUAGUUUCUAUACAGAAAACCCACUUCGGGACAGGCUGGAGGACAAUGAUCUGAUCAAUUACAUUUUGUGCCACAUCACAUUAUCAUGCUUAGCACCAGGAUCAGCCAGACUUCUUCCAGCACAAACUCUUCGUGAGCUCAGUGCAAGAUUCUUUAAAGCAAAAAGACCCUUUCCAGCAAGUGCCCAUUUUCUGCUCACCUUGUUGUACUGGCCAGAUGAGGCCUUAGACAAAGAGCCUAACGCAGACAAAGAUGAAAUUCUAAACUCAGCCCUUCAAACCCUGAAACGUUUAUAUGACAUUAAGAUGAAGGAUGUUCCUACCAGAAAGAAAAGAAUCUACACCCACUUUUUUCUGGGAAAGGGUUAUGGCUUAGGCAAGAUUGUGCACAAAAAUAAAAUUGAUAAAUUAAUUAGUGGGUCUUUAGACGAGAGGAGAAUGAAAUGGCUCCAUGGAACUGUAUGGAACAUUAACAAGAUUCGUGACAUUCUCAAAAGAGUUUCUGGCUGGACCAAGGACAGAGAUUUAUUUAUACGUGGUCACGUGACGGAGCUUCCUAUCUUGCCACUCCAUCGUGAUUCAGUGCCCCCCGGAAAUGAAAAUGUGACCUUUUAUUUAGGCUUUUCAUUUAAGGGUCUUGUUGCUUUCAAUAUUGAGGUUGAAAAUAAUGCAGCCGUCAGCAGAACACAAGGCAUUUAGUAUGUUAAUGGCGCCUACUGCCAAGAUACGGCACUGAGUGUCUGCUGCCACAUUUAAACCAAGUGGGCUGCACUAACCACAUCUAACUACUACAAUAAUGACCAAAUACCUAAAAACAUCUGAAACCUACUAGCAAAAAUACACCUUGAAACAGAAGACCGAUAGUUUUGGAGUCUCCAAAAUGUAUGAAAUGUAUCUACCCAUCAACUGCAAACCAAUCACCAGUAAAGGAGCACAGAGGGUAAAUAAGCAAUUUUUAAGCCAACUUUGCAAACAUGAGGAUAAAAAAAAACAGGUUGCAAAUUCUGCAUCACUCUUACAUUGCUUCUCCAUGUAAAUAUUACAAACCAUACCAGUAUCUGUAUCUGGAGAGGGGUGCAGAGACACUCCAGCAGUGAGACAAUCAUAACAAAAAAGAUUAUUUCUAAGCACUCUCAUGAUUUCAUAGACCAAACAACAACUGCACAUACUGUUUUUGUAGCAUUAUCCAAGAAAUGUCCACACAGUCCAGGACCAAAUGUGUCUACUGCAAACACAGCCAUGUUUGAAAAUAUUGUCUGGCCUGAUUUACUAAUGUGAAAAAUGCAAAGGAGUUUUUGUGAGCACUGUGUCUGCAACCAUCAUGUCCCAACCAGCUUCUCAUAAAAAAGCUGCUUGCUAUUUUUGGAGUUUCACAUUGUUUAAUGCCAAUAUUGUGACUAAAAUUUCCAGAAAACCUGUCAUAUAGCUUAAGUUUUACUCUAAUAAACAUUCUUUAUAAAGAAUUACCAUUUCCAGAAAAUUGAAUUACCCUACCUGAAGAUGCAGUUCUAACAAUAGCAAGGUAUGAUUUGGUUUUCCAACUUCGGCCAAGAUCUGGGCACAGCAAGAAACUGGAGGAGGGGUUGCAAGCCACUGUGAAUUCAGAACAAACAGGAUGAAGCCAAAGAUUAUUCUACCUAGUCCAAGCCUUCAUGCUCUGGCCUCAGGAAGCAGAAACAGUUUGCCACUGCUGGCCAGGCCAUACCAGUCUCUUUCCCUUGCCUUCCAUGUGGGAGACCAACAGCAAAGCGGACCCCUGGAGGGCUUGGCCAAAAGGGUUCAUCUUGUAACUUGUUUCCUGCCUGCAGACACCCGAUUGAAUACUGUAACUUGCUCUUGCCCUGCAGCCCCCACCACUGCCAACUCUCCAGUCUUUCCUUUAAGGCCUAAGUAGGGGUCUUGCUUUGCAAACAUACCCAUUUCUACCUCUUACAAGCUAAAGGCUUAGAUCCAAACGCUUCACCUUAUCAGGUGAAGAUCCUCCCCCUGUGCCCUGCAGAAAAGAAAACAAACAAAGAUUUAGAGAAAAAGCAUAAAUAUACAGAGUAGCACUCUGGCUCCCAUGCUGCAAAACAACCUGCUGAGGCUCACAGGGCAGAAAGUACAGACCCAUCCUUCUUAUUCUUUACCCAGUCACAGUCAAAUUCCCAAAGUCUGGUAAGUCAAACCUGGGAGCACUUCAACCAGCCAGGCACCACACAAGCCCCCCUUGCUCCAGCCAGCUUCUAGGACAAAGCAGUUCUCCUGUUUUUCAAAUACCCAAAUUUCCCUAGAUCCAAAAGGGCCAGAGGACAAACUUCAGUGAAGAGCUCAUGCAAAGCAGCAGUCUUCUCUAGAGGGUCCUCUACUUGUUCCUCAUUGCACAUAUCCAAAAUGCCAUGAAUUGUUCCAGGUGGUGUAGCAAUAAAAUAAUGGGUUUAUCUUCCACCAUCUUUUAGAAAUUAACCUAUGAGUAAACAGUGGUAGCCAAGUGAGACCAACCAGCCUAGCAGAAUAACCUGUUCUCAUCCUGUAGGCAGAAGUUGCACAGACACUCACCUUCAAAGCCACCUCAUCUCUCCAGCACAUCACCCUAAAUGAGUUUCGAACAGACCAGGUCACAGCACACUCUAUCAAGUUUUAUGAAAACACUGUUCCAUACUUUUGCUCCACAUUCCCUGACUCUUCCAACUUAAAUAGUUAAAUUUUCUGUACAGACAGUUCAGCAGAAGGACAGCAGACCAGCAGCGAAAGGAAGUAACAGGUUGGGAAGUCAGAAUGCAUUUGCUGUCUCUGGGUAUAAACCACUUUAAGAUAAAGCUCACAUGAAUGAGUUUUUGCAGUUUAGAGACAAUGAGAGAUAGUACCAAGUUAUUCAAAGCAUAACAGGAGAGAAGGUGGAUUUUAUACUCACACACACUUUGGAAGAUCUAACAUUUGUUGCAAUAAUACUUUGCAUAGGUCCUCAAGAGGAGAAAAAAAAUACACAGAAACAGUGGUUCACUUCUGUUUAAUCAGAGACUGUUACAAAGUGGCAGACACACAUUACAGACUUGUAUAUGUGCAAUGAUCCAUUCCUGAAACAUACAGUUCAUAGAAGGUUCCCAAUGGAUGCAAAUGAAGUUAGCUCCAUAUUUUCUUUGAAUCUUCUUUGUAAACUGAAUGCUAUAAAAUUAAGCUAGUUACUGUUACUAUUACUUGCAUGCAUUAAAGUGAUGCACAUACUUACCAGUCUCUCACUUCUCAAAUUAGAUUCAACAUCAGUAUUUUGCCACCUGUCUUUUGAAAAAGAUCAGUGAUCCCAUCCCUGUCACACUACUUACACAAAAGCAGUAUCAAGUUACAGAAAACACCUUCAUGACACACUGAGAGGGGACACAAUUCAAUCACGUGCUUUAAGGUACUUUAAGAAGGCAGGAAAAACAGUCGAGCCCGGGUUCGCUGCACAGCGACCAGAACCUCAGAAGGUGAUUUGGAGUUAUUAAGCAGAAGUCUAAAGGAAAUAGUGUGAAAUGACUCACUGUUCCAUGUAUUCCUUAUCAGAACUGGGAAGGAAGACUCCUGAACCACGAGUCUGGACAGCUGCUGUAACGGUGCCUCAGAAGUCGAGCUACAACUUAAGACUUCUCACCUGGAUAUGAAAGCUCUGAUUCCUGUAUUGUUUUGAUCCCAUCUCAAAAGAAAAUAAACUUAAUUCUACCAAGAAGUACUAUAAUUAAUUGCCAUAAAAAGUUUCACAAAGAGAUGACGUUCUACCAGAGUUCAUAUUAGGAUCUACCCUGGACAAAUAUACUUCUUGUUCAUAAGACACUAGAAAACACCACUAUCCUUUAGUUAUCCCCACUGAUUGCCAAGCUGGUGUACAAGUAGUGCAGGUCAGCAUCCAACCACUGCCAAAACUGAGACUUCACAAAGUAAUUCAGCAGCCAAAGCAAUCAGUUACUCAUUCCAACUUAGUACUGAGCAUUGCAUUAAGUAUCAACUAGGGCCAACCACAGAAGUUAAAAGGAAGAUGCACACAUUUUGUUAAUAGGAUAAUGACCUCACAGGAACGUAUCCCUAUUUUUCAUGCAUAUCUGCCAUGAUGAUUUAGGAAUUAUAGGCAAAGGUAAGUUAGAAAAUUUUAUUAUACAACCUUUUUUUUUUCCCCAGGGAGAAACACCUAUGCAACAUUAUUCAAAAAUCUGCAUGUGGCUAGUUUUGCAAAGCAAUUUAGUGUGAAUAACUGAGAACUGAUGUAGAGAAGAUGCCAGAUGGGCUUCAAGUGUAAUUAUUCUAAAGCCUGGGAAGAUACAAUCCCCUUGAAACGUUUUGUUAGUAGGAUGAAUUCUGCAGUGCCAGGUAGUAUCUCAAAAUUCUAAACUAAGCAAUACUGAUGGAAACGUCAAGUCUUUCAUGAAACCACUCUACACCAUUCAGCUGUGCUGACAAACUGAAGUGUCUGUUCAGCUGCCACACCAGUCUGAUCUUCCCAACACCUAGUUUCUGUAUCAUUAUCCACUAACGAUGCCAAAAGCCCCUCAAAUUCACCAUGUGGUAACAUGCCCUUGAGAAGUGAAUUAUUACAGCUCAUCCAGCUGUGAAACUAUGCUAUGUGCUACAGCACAGCAAGUUUUCAUCUCCCGUGCUGAUAUGCAAAGGUGAGGUAUACAAGCUUAACUAAGAAUAAAUGUGUGUGCAGCUAUUCUGGAGAGGGCUGCAUCUUGUAUCCAAUCACAGAGGAUCUCUCCUAUUUUCUUUUAAGGUGUAAAAUAUUCUAUGAAAUAAAAAUGCCAAAAUUUCCAGAAAUAUGGAAUAGGGCAGAAGAAAAAAAAAGAAUGGAGGCAGAGCAGUAACUCUGGAGUAAGAUAAAACAGCUGGGCAAAACCACAUUUGUAGGUAGCCUCUGAAGUGCUGAAAUGGGCU